AUGUCAUUCACUUGUCAUCGGCUAUUCAUAAAUUCACCUCCUCGUUUCACCCUUUACAUCACCACCUCUCUUCCCAAAAACCCCGCCCUUCUCUCUCUCCCAAUCACCUCUCGCCCACAUUUCUCAAUCUCAAACCACAGCCUUCCAAACCCUCAUAAUUCAACCUCCCUCAGCUCCCAUCACUCUCGUAUCAGAGUAUACGAAUCCGAUGGCACUCUACAGUCAAACGACGUCGUCAACGGUGCUUUCAAUUUGGACUAUUUUCUUUCGGUUGCCGAGUUCUUGUGCCUUGCAUCGUCGGCACUCGUUUCGGUAGGUUUUGCAUUGAAUUGCGCUGUUUUGAGCUUAAAGAAGACGGCUUUAGUAGCAAUGGGGAACAACGUUUUGGCGUCUGGGGCUGUGGCUUUGGUAAUGGCGGUCGGAAUUGGGGCGUGGAUUCGGAUGCGGCAGUGGAGGCGGAUAUGUAGGGAGUCAGUGAAGGGUGGGCUGGAGGUGAAUUUGUUUGAGAGAAUUGAGAAGCUGGAGGAAGAUUUGAGGAGCUCGGCCACAAUCAUUCGGGUUUUGUCGAGGCAGCUUGAAAAGUUGGGGAUAAGGUUUCGGGUUACCCGCAAGGCUUUGAAGGAGCCCAUUGCUGAGACUGCAGCUUUGGCUCAAAAAAAUUCUGAGGCCACUCGAGCAUUAGCAGUGCAAGAAGACAAUCUGGAAAAGGAGCUUGGAGAAAUUCAAAAGGUUUUGUUGGCUAUGCAGGAGCAGCAGCAAAAACAACUUGAGCUGAUUCUUGCGAUUGCAACUUCUGGGAAGCUUCGGGAAAGUAGACAGGUACGCGAUCAAGAACAAAGUACCACUAUAAUACGUGAUUCAAGUGAGGAGGAUUCAAAACAGAAGGAAGCCCACCAAAUAUAG